UGCCUCCCCCUUUUUGCAAAUCCACGACGCGUCGACACCGCGCGGAGGGCGGCUUGUCAGGAGUCAUGGUGAAUCCUGUGGAGGCUCCUAUUGUGGUGAUCAAUGUGGAUGAGGAAUGCGUAAAGCGAGAACCAACACCCCAAGUUUAUGACACCCACGAAAUCGGAGCACCGGUCCAAAAUUCCUCGAAUGUGGGAUCGUCGAAUCCUCGCAAAAGGGCCCAAGCAAUCCAGAAAUGGCAAAAAGAAAUACUGAAUGAGGCAUUCAAGAAAAAAUCAUACCCGACCAGCAGGAACUCCAGGACUUGGCGAUAAUGACGAAAAGGACAGUGGAACAAAUUCGAAGGUAUUUCUCCUUACAGAGGUGGAUCCGAACACGGCAGGCAAAUCCUAAUGGCCCGAUACGGCCCACAUCUCUUGCAUCUCCCCCAGGCCCAUCGAGGGCUAGAAAAGCGCUGGAUUCAGUCCUCGACGAGGUCUCUAGAGAUGCACUUGAAGAGGAAAUCAUUCUGUUUCCUGAUCUUCGUACCGCUAUACCCCAGCUUCGACAGCUCAUCACCAAGUUCCCCGGUCAGUCAAUGGUGAGAUACCCGGGGUGGGCAAGGGUCCUGAGGGUCGACGAAGAGAGGGUAUUGACCUGGAUAGACUGGACAAAAAAUCAAGGAGCUCCUGUACUCCCUUCAUCUUCCGCUCCCUACUCGUUGACCUCCACACGACCCAUCACCUCAGUGUCUCAACCGGGAACCCGUUUGCCCACACCUUCUCAGUCUCCAGAGCCUCGAGGACACUUGCGACUAAGCAUUAGGUCAGUGGGAGGCGAUAACGAACGAAGCCCCAAGUUCACCGAUCUUGGGGUUUCAUCUUCCCAACAUCUCUCUUUGACAACAUCUCCCCUUGUGGGAUCUGCACCUGUGCUCCCGAGGCAGCCACAGUCGUUCACGUUUCUGCCAAGUCCAGCAGAAGAGCAUGUUCCAAGCGUUUUUAGGAUGCCGUCGGCUGUUACCACUCCUGUUUCACCCGUUACGUCGGCACCUUACCCCCAACCGCGACGAGUCACUCAGCCCAACGUGCUGCAACCAUCUUCGAGUAAUUUUACGUCGUUGUCGUCCAUUCCUACGCCAAUUGCAACUUCAGCUCCUAGCCGAUCUGCACCUUUCGUUUCUGUCUCGAAUGUCCAGCUGUUCCGAGCCCCUGUUGCAAUACAGCUCGGGAAUGGAUUAAUCGGCAAUUCGGUUCCUGCUUUCGUACCAAAGUAUCCAGUAGCAAUCCCUGCUACCCGUGGUCUGAACCAGCAGAUGCCUGUUCCCGAGCCAUCUCCUGUAUCUGCCGUCCCACCAACGUGGCCCCAAUCGGGAGGAUUAUCUACGCCGGGAAUGGACAGCCCAACACAUGGUUUGAAUGAAUUAGGGAUGGCUUCUCCUGACGGAGUACCCUCCCAGGAUCUCCCGCUUGAUCGUCGUAGCUUCAACGAAUUCCGUCGUUACGUCAGACGUUUUCGCCCCCAAAACGAGAAGACACCAUCACCUAGUCCCCCCGCUGACGUGCGCGAGUUAUUGAGGCAACUCGGAAGUUUGGGGCAAAGCGCGACGGAUCUUCUCCUUCAAAUGCGUUCAACCUAAAGGUUGCUGUAUAUUGUUAUUAACCUAUUCUGUCGUGCGUGUUCGCCGUCUUAUGUUUUCGUUCUUGGGUGGAUCCUUUGU